GUUGUUUAAUGUUUACGUAUACUGAAUGUCUGACGAUCGGAACUUCUCAUAGUCCAUCGUAAACGAAGUUGCACUCUCUAAUUUACUUUAAUAAUCAUCAAUAGUUAUUUAUUUAACACAAUAUUUUGUUCUUCCGGAAACUAUUUUUUUUCUUUAAGUAAUUUUUGGUUUUAUUCGUUGAACAAUAUUAAGUAAAAAUGGCAGAUUGUCCACAAUUUCAACUGAUGCCACAAAUGGUCCCUAUUUACCGCCCGCAACCACCGCCUACACCGUUUCCUAUGCCUGGUCAACCUAUUUUUCCAAUGCCUCCUCAUUUUGGAUAUCCGCCUAUAGCAUGGUCUCCAAUUCAUCAUUAUUCACCUACACCACAGCCAACAUAUCAUGCUGAAGAAGAUGAUGAGCAUAACAAUCAUGGACAACCAACAUAUAGUAAUGUAACUGUUGACGAUUCGCCCCAUGAUUCGCAACAAACAUCACAACGCCCUCAUCGACAAACUUAUACUCGAAGUGUGUCGAAUAAAAGUGAUACUCGACAUGAAGAAUUUCGAAAAUAUUUAGAGGAAGUAGGAAUCAUAUCGACAUUUACCAAUAUUAUAGCUGAAAUAUAUCAAGACCCUUUAAGGCCUAGUGAUCCUUUAGGGUAUAUUCGAGACAAAUUGUCAUGUUCACGUCAAGAAGUUUCUGAGCUUACAAAUCUUCGUCACUGGUGUGAAAAAUAUCAAAAUAGAAGUAUUCGUCUUGAAAAAGAGUUAAAAGAUGUCAUAAAUCGGUUAAGAAAACAUGAACCAUAUACUUCAGAUGAAGAAAAUUUAUCAGAUAAUGAUUGUCCUACUUGUGUAUUAGAUUCUGAGAAGUCAAAUCAUGCAUUGAGUAAGAGUAAAGACAAUUUAGGAUAUGAAAAUGUUCAGCUAAAUAAUCAAUGACAUUCAUAUUGCAUUUUCAUAAAAUAUGUGACACUAAAACAAAAAAUUAAAUAUUGGUUUCUUAUAAUUUAAUAAUAGUUUUUCAAAAUUUUAUUCUUGUUAAAGAUUUAGUUUAUCAUUUUUUUUUCUUUCUAAAAAUGGACUACUUAUUUCAUAGUUUUACUUAUGUUAUUAAAAUGUAUAGUUCUGUGUUGUUAAAUAAAAUGUUAGGUAUUGCUUUCUCUGUUAAGAGAAAUGAUAAAUUAAAAAUAAUUCAUUAAAACCUCAUUGAAUUAAUUUUUUCAUGGGGUUUGUAUUAUCUAAUGAUAAGAAUUUCUAUUUUUGGAUUUUCUUUUUUUCUUAUAUAACAAUUUUUUUUAUUAUCUUUAUUGACGUAUUUUAUUUUGGUUUUUGUAUUAAUUAUCUAACUUUUUGGAAUUAUGUUUGGUCCUAAUUUAAAUGAUUUAUUAUUUUAAGCAAUAUUGUUAA